GAGGAGUCCAUCAAGCAAAUCUAUCGACGUUUAAUUCCCAAUUUUACCCACCUCCUUCCUCUGUUUCUCUCCGAUGGCUCCGGCGGUGAAGAAGAAGAAGCAGCCUUCUUUGGAUAAGAAGAAGAAGAAGAAGAAGAAGAAGAGAAUGAAGGCAGUUCCUUUGGAUCCGGAGGCUAUCGACUGCGACUGGUGGGAUACUUUCUGGCACCGUAACUCUUCUCUCUCAGUCCCUUUAGAUGAAGAUGAUGCGUUCAAGCACUUCUUCAGGGCUUCCAAGACCACCUUUAGCUACAUUUGCUCGCUCGUCAGGGAGGAUCUCAUCUCUAGACCUCCCUCUGGGCUCAUCAACAUCGAGGGUAGGCUUCUUAGCGUUGAGAAACAAGUCGCCAUUGCUCUUAGACGCUUAGCUUCUGGUGAUUCUCAGGUCUCCGUCGGUGCUUCCUUUGGCGUUGGCCAGUCCACUGUUUCCCAGGUUACUUGGAGAUUCAUCGAGUCUCUCGAGGAACGCGCCAAGCAUCAUCUCCGCUGGCCUGAUUCCGACCGGAUCGAAGAGAUCAAGUCCAAGUUCGAGGAUAUGUGCGGCCUCCCCAAUUGCUGCGGAGCCAUUGACACCACCCACAUCAUCAUGACUCUCCCGGCUGUGCAAGCCUCGGAUGACUGGUGUGACCUCGAGAAGAACUACAGCAUGUUCUUGCAAGGUGUCUUUGAUCACGAGAUGCGAUUCCUCAACAUGGUUACCGGCUGGCCAGGAGGCAUGACCGUCUCCAAGCUUCUCAAGUUCUCCGGCUUCUUCAAACUCUGUGAAUCCGGUCAGAUUCUAGACGGGAAUGCCAAAACUCUUUUUGAAGGUGAAGAAGGAUCCCAAGUCAGAGAAUAUGUAGUUGGAGGGAUCAGUUACCCGCUGCUUCCUUGGCUUAUAACUCCUCACGACGACUGCGAUCAUCCCAUGAUGGCCUUCAACGACAGGCAUGAGAAGGUGAGGUCAGUCGCAGCUACGGCGUUUGCACACCUCAAAGGAAGCUGGAGGAUUCUGAGCAAGGUUAUGUGGAGGCCAGACAGAAGGAAACUGCCUAGUAUAAUACUGGUGUGUUGUCUACUGCAUAACAUCAUAAUCGACUGUGGGGAUUAUUUGCAAGAGGAUGUUCCUUUAUCUGGUCAUCACGACGCAGGUUAUGCAGACCGCUUAUGCAAAUGCAAGCAGACUGACCCGCUUGGUAGUGAGCUCAGAGGAUAUCUCACUGAGUAUUUGCUGAGGUGACUAGUUGAGGUGAGGAUCCUAACCUUCAAUAGAUGAUACCAGAUUAACAGCAUGCUUGAUUCAAAAUACAGUCAAUCAGACCCUCCAUGUAUAAUCGACUCAUCCUCUCAAGUGUGUGAUUUUAUUAACUAGUCAGUCUCUGUUGUUGAGAGGAGUUGAUAAUCAAUUUCCCAAUGUAAAUACUGUAAUGUUAUUUUAUUAUAAGUUGGUGUUUCGAGUUGUUGGGGUGCCAUCAAUUA